GUAUGAAGUCACACAGGUUUCUCAUCUUAAGCCAUAUUUGUUGGGUGACCAUGGAGAAGUUUGAAGAAAUGUGCAGGGUUGGGGGAGUUUUAAGAAUCAAAGGAAAUCAAAGGAUGGAAGGCUGCCCUCUCAUCCGGCGUUAGACUUGCUUGGCUCACAUCAGGUGAGGUUGAGGACCCUACUUUCUUGAAAGCCAGGGCCUGCCCUCCCAGAAAAGUCUGGUCUGGUUCAAGAGCAGCUGAAAUGACCCUAGGGGUCACUGGUGGAAUUGGAAGCCAUUGGUUUGUCCCAUUGAAAGUUGGGAACUUAAAUUUCCUGGUCCAGACUAUCCGUUUAGGAUUGAGGAUUAGCGAUCAAGUAGGGCCAGGGAAAGGCAGGGGAGAAAACCUGCUCGACGGGGAAGCCGCGGGUGCCCCAGUCCAGAGUGCAGUUGGAGAUUACAGCUGACCUGCUGCUGUAAAUCGAAUAUAGUCUUGAUUUCUCUGUUUGGAGGCGGACAGAAUCAGAUCUGAGGUUCCCUUUGCUCCAGGGUGCCAGAGAACCUCCCCUGUGACGGCCCACUCCUGUGUUUUCAGUCGUCUCUUGUGGCUUCUUUCCCAACCACCCAGUCUGCAUUAAAUCAUGAGUGAUUUUAGCUAAAAGACCCCAGACAGCUGGGAGCUUGUUGGGGCCUCCUCCACUUCUGCAGAGGGGACCUUGGACCGCCAACCUGAAUGUAAACAGUAAAUGGGAGUUUGAUUUCUCUCCCUGAACUGUCAGGCACCCCGUUAAGUUUGGUCUCCUGGGGAUCCCCUAGCAGGACUAUCAAAGCCAGAAGCCCUUUGCACCGCCCUAGUUACUGACUCUGGGUGCUUUCUAAGAGACAACAGCUGCUCCUCAGCCACAACAGCGGACAGAAACCAGGGCCUGCGGAUGUGGCCGGUGGUCUGCAGGGGGCACCCGAGGCCCUCGGUGCCAGCCAGCGGCCGGGUCGGGGGCGCGCGCACCGCGAGCGCGCAGGAGCCGGAAGGGGCGGGCGGUGGGAUGCGUGCGCGCUUCGCGGUUCUAAAUCCCGGAACCCACCAAAAAGAGCGCAGAGCCGCUCUGCCCUCUUGCUCGCGGUCCCAUCCAGUCCCCAGACCCGGGCUCCGCGCCCUGUGCGGUAGGGAGGGAGUGGCGCGGCCAGCACCGGGCUAGUGCAGCGACAGCCCGCGUGUGCCUUCUGAGUGAGAUUUUCCUGGGAUCCAACCGGCCUGACCCCAUCAGCGCUGAGUUCCAGAAACCUUGCGGUGGGCAGGACCUGGCUCGAUGGUUGAUGUUCAGUUUGCUGCGACUCUGUGCCCGUUAACGCGUAACUGCGCCUGUUUCUUGUCUAUAAAAUGGACGUGAUGGUACAAGUACUGCCCGGUCUGAUUCAUUUCUGAACACUGGCACUCACUGGAUGGUGUUCAUCUUACUGACUUCUGUUCUGUGGCUGAACAGAGCCCCGGCCAAGGAGACAGUGUACUGCAUGAAUGAAGCUGAAAUGGUCGAUGUGGCGCUGGGGAUCCUGAUUGAGGGCCGAAAACAGGAAAAGCCCUGGGAACAGCCGUCUCUGGUGGCCCCUGAUAAGCUGCAGCUUUCCCCUCCCUGUUCCGAGUCCCCUCACACCAGCUCCCCAGGGAGCAGCAGUGAGGAAGAAGACAGCAGAACCGACUCUCCUGCACUAGGUCUCAGCCCUGCCCGGGGACCAGAAGCUUCUAACUCUCCCUGUAGCAGAAGCCCGGAGGAGGGAAAGGAGGAGGAAGACGAGUUAAAGUACGUCAGGGAGAUAUUUUUCAGUUAGUAUGAACUGUUCGCUGCUUCUGCGGAGAGUCUUUAGGAUGUGCGGAGAGCCGUGGGCACUUCCUGCCCCUGCCACCCAUGAAAACCCAGACUUUGCUCCCAACUUCCAGUCCCAGGAGGCUGUCAGUUUGGGUGGGACUAAUUCUGUAGCAGGAUGCAGACAUGCAUCCUCUUAUAGUCUUAUCCUGCACCACCCUCUGGCUCUGAGGGUUUGCAAUGCCAGCCCUAUGUUUUAGUCACAGUAAAAAAAACAAAGUCUUGGGCUAGAAGCAAAGAAAACUAGAGCUGCAGAGAACGUGGGUAUUGGAGAUGGGCAGCCAGACUUAAAGAGACCUGUGAACAGUCUCCCUCAUGAUACAGUCCAGCAGCAAGCUUCCACCCUUCCAACCAAACACGCUGGCAGCUGCCCACAGUUCCCUGCCAUAUCCGAGAGCAGGAGGCUCUAUCAGACUGCUGAGUCAAAUAGGUCCUGUCUACCACCAGUCACCUCCCUUCUACCUGGGGCCUCCACCUUGGUCCCUGUAGAGCUGUAGGGGAGAGUAGGGAAGGGAAACAGAACAAAGGAUCACACCAGAGUCCACGUUUCUUUGGGUUCACUUUGGCUUACUGAUGAGCACAGAGUGAAGAACUCGUUACCACUUAGGGUUUUUUUUGGUACACACACUGAAAAGAUACAUACUGAAGCCCCAAUGCAUAAUAAAGACCGUGCUUCUAA